AUGCGUCUUACAAAAGAAUUAACCUCCAAGAAGAAGUCCUCCAAGGGUCCCCCAUCCAGUGACGAUGAGAAUAAUGGUGGUGGCAAGGUUGGUCAGUCCAAAGAAGGUUUUCAUCCAGAAGCCCAGUCAGAUGAUGAAAAUGAGCCAGUGGCACAAGUAGUAGUUAAAAUUGAGGAGGCAGAAGUCAAAGCCGAAGCAGAUACAGAAGAGGUCUCCAGGAAGAAACCAGUCAAGAGAAGCCGUACUCCCAAGAAAACAGUUUUGACGUCCUCCCAAGAGACUCCUCCCAAGAAGACAUCGGGCAAACGCAAGGCUGAUGACCAGUAUGAGGAGUAUGAAUCUGAAUCUAACGACGACGAAACUCCCGUCAAGACUCCUGACAAGAAGCGAUCACGCAAUACUCCCAGUGCCGGCCAAGAUCGACGCAUGUCCCCAAGAAUCAUUGUUGCCAAGAAGAAGGCUCCUCCUAGCGCCGUAUCUCAAGAGAUGAUUGAAGCGAACCAGAGGGCUACUGCCAAGGCUAAUCAGAAGAGGCAGGCAGCGUUGGCUCAGAAGAAGAAGAAGAAGCAACAGAAGAUUGUAAAACCAAAGGCUGGACCUCAGAAAAAGCAGUUGCCCACGUUUAUCAACAACAAGAAGAAGGGUCGUGGCAAGAAGAAGGCUCAAAAUUCGGAUUCAAAGUCGGAAUCGGAAGAAGAGGAAGCGACCACCAAGCGCGGUGGAGGCAGAAACCCCAAGGUUGAGUCGACGGAAGAUGAACAUGUGCGAUUUCAGCUGGAUAUGUUUUACAACAAUCCCACGUUGCAUCCUUCCAUUCGACAGCUUAGGGAAGUGGGUCGCCAAGGUGCUUUGAUGAGCAACUCGAAUGACUUUACCGAAUGGUCUUGUCAUCAUAUGCAACGUCACUUUGUGGAUUCUAUGCCUAUAGCAGUGAAGGCUCCAGACAACUACAAUGGACCCGGCCGCAAUUGCAUCCAUAUUGGGCAACCGACGAGGAAGAAGAACAACAAGAAAUUCAAGGCAGAUCCAACAGCUCCGGGUGAUGGACUUCAAGUUAGGCUUUGGAACAUGGGUUUGGCAGCUUACCAUGAAUUGAAGUUCAUUCAAAGACAUCAAGAAAGGAGCUGGUAG